AUGGACACCAAAGCACAAAACAUUCCCAUCACCCACACCCAGCCCCACUGCAACUCUCGGUCCCAAAGCCACACCUGCAACCACUGCAGCUGCAGCCACCACUGCCAGAACUGCAGCCAGAGUUGCAGCUGGAGCCAGGGCUGUAGCCAGAGCCCGACCGGCCACUGCAGCCUAUCUGGCCACCAGAGCCAGAGUCCAAGGUCCAGCCCGCUAUCCCAGCAUCAGAGACACGCCAUGCACUCCCACCACUGCCCCAAGCAGCCCGCCACCCAUUCCUGCCGCCACCCCAAGAACAAAAAGAACUUGGAAGGAAAGGUGAAAAAGAGGAAGGUGAUCAAAAGGAGACGGCGGGUGUAUAAAACAAAGAGGCGGAGCUCAGGUACCUUUCGUGCGGGUGGGGAAGGGCCACAGGGACCCCCAGAUGAGGAGGAGCUGCCCAGCUGGACCUUGGGGGCAGUGAGGUGA